GUUUUCGGCCAAUGGGUGAAGCCGAGCAGAUCAAGCUCCCUCUUCCGUGUUCAGUUUCUCGAAACCCCAACGCCCUUCCUGCUUUCUGUCAGGGUUCCAUCGGCCUUCUCCCUUUCCCAGUGUCAGAUCGGCAAGACUGUUCCACUUCCUCCUGGUUACCCGCAGACGUCCCAGCUCCCAACAGCUCUUACCGUUUCGUAACAGCUAGGCAGCAACCCUCCCCACUCCAUCUUGAACCCAUCGUAGACUUGAGUUACGAGUGCACAACCCCGUCAGACGAACCAGGGAAGAUGGCAGAAAAGGAACCCGACGAAUUGCCAUGUAAGGAAGGCUCGUCCGAGGAUGACGACGUCGUGGAAGUGCCGCUAGAAGCGCCGGCAGACGCGACAGCGGCCGGCACGGCGGAUGUCGCGGAGCCCAGUGCUGACGCGGAAAAUGUCACAACCGCGAGCGAGGAGCCAGAUGCGGGCCCCGGUGGUGAGGCUCCGAAGGAUUCCGAAGCAGAGGCGGCAGGAGACGGUGCGACAAAGGAGGACGCGGCAGCAGGGGCGACUGAGCUGGCGAACCAAGAAGGAGCGAACGACGGUGGAGCGGAAGUGGAAGGCGGAGCAGAGGCGGAGAAGGCGCAAGCGGCGUCGGAUAAAGCGCAAGCGCAGGCUGAUGCGACUGAAACGAUGCAGCCCAGUCCGGCUGCAGGGGAGAAGGCGGAAGGGGACUCGCCUGCCACCGUUGCGCAGGCUGCUCCCGCGGCGCCAGUCGCUUCCCCGGCGGGAGCUGUUCCGCCAGCAACCCCUGCCGCUCCCGUUCCCGCGGGAGCUGCUCCCGCGCAAGACGUUGCGCCUAGUCCGGCCUCGACUACGCCCGUCGUUCCGCCAGCGCCCGGUGCGUCUCAACCGGCACCAUCCUCCGCUCCCGCCGCUGCCGCAUCUCUCGCAAGUAUCGAUGCGCAGAUCCAAGCGGUGCGCGACAUGCCGAACCCUCUGGGACCGGGGCCCUCUGGAAGCAAACCGGCAACUCCCGCACCAGACACUGCGAAAGCAGCUGCUGCGCAGCCAGCAGCGGCAAGCACAGCGGCGGCAGGCGCUGCAGCAGCUGCGCCAGCAUCCGGCGCAGCAGGAGGCGCAGUUCCGGAAACAGUCGAUCUGGAGGACGACGACGAAGACGAGGAGACGGACAACAGCGCCUUGAACGCGAUCCUCUCCGUACCGCCGAAGGAGCUCGAAACCGCCGUGGAGAAGCUCCUCUACAUCCACAUGCGGCCGCGCCUGCCCGGCGCUGACGACAACGACGCGAUCGCGCCGCAGACCCUGGCGGCGCUGGAGACGGGCGUGAAGUGGGUGCUGAAGCGGCAGCGCGCGACGGCGUCCGUGGAGCAGUGCGUGCGGCUGGCCUCGGCGCUGCUGCUGGACUCGCAGCAGGGGAAGCGCGGGCGGCCGCGCAAGUACUUCUUGGAAGCGGAGGUUAACGUGGCGCUGGCGGCAGUCAGCGCGUGGCUGGAGCGGCGCAGGCAGCAAGAGGGAGGGGGGGUGGGAGGGGGAGAAGGAGUGGGGACUAAACCAGCAGCGGCGACUGCAGGAGCUGCAGGAGGGGCGGGAGUUCCUGGGCCGGCAAAGCAGCUGCUGGCACAACAGUAUCAGCAGCAGCAGCAACAGAAGCAGCAGAAGCAGCAGCAGCAGCAGCAGCAGCCACGGCCGCAGGCGCAGGCGCAGCUGCAGCCUCAGCCGCAGCUGCAGCCCCAGCAAGUGAGUUGGUUGAGGCCUCCUGUUCUGCCGCCUGCGCCCGUGCCAGGAACGUCCUUCGCACAGGUUCUCGGACCUCGGCGCAUUGCUCCUGCGGGCGGGCUUUUGCCAGCAGUGCCCCUCGCGCAGCAGCAGCAGCUGGCGCUGCAGCAACAGCAGCAACAGCAGCAACAGCAGCAACAGCAGCAAUUGCAGCAGCAACAACAGCAAUUGCAGCAGCAGCAGCAGCAACUUCAGCAGCAAGGGCAACAGCAGUCGAGUCUAUUGACCAUGCCCUCGCUACACACGCUGUUAGAUCGCCCCACUGACUCGGCUGGCUACCGCUCCCGCCGCGUCCCCCCAGCCUCCACGUUCCCCGCACCUGCAGGCCCCGCACCUGUCACCGCAGGGGCGGCACCUCCGGACGCAUGGCAGAGAGCGCAGGUGGGCGGGCUGGGGUCGAGGCAGCGACAGGGGAAGGCCGCGUGGGAGGGCAUGCAGGGGUUGAAUCCGCCACCCGCGGGGCCAGGAGCAGAGCUGGAGGGAGGGCGCGGGUCGCGGAUGGGAGAGGCGCAGGGGUUGACUCAAGCGCAGGGACAGGGAGCAGCGGACGCACCGACGAAGGGCUACGUCUUGGGGCUGAAGGCGCCUGAUAGGGGCACGGUCGCGCAGGGGCAAGGGCCGGUAGAGGUGCCGGUUCAGGCGUCGGGCAAGGGACCAUCCCUGGGAACGGGGCGGGGAACACGGCGAGGCGAAGUGGAGGCUGCUGGCACGCAGAAGGCGCAGCAGCAGCCGCCACAGCUGCAAAUUGUGGUGAAUCUGCCGGCCCCUGCACUGGGCAGGGGCGUGUCAGUGCACAAGUUCUACCUGCCGGCGAUAGAGCGUGGAGGAGACGCUGGCAGGAACAAGUUCGACCGGGAGUGCAACACCAUUCUGGCCUUCCUGCACAAGCUCUUCCCCCACCUGUGUGGGAUCUGCAAGGCCGUCGUGCAGGGGGGCCCGUUUGUGGAGGGGCAGGCGCAGGGGCAGCUUGGGGGGUACGAGGUGGGGGAUGUGGCCAAGGGGAGGGAGCGCGGCGUGCUGGUGCGCGCGCCCAGCAACUGGAGGAAUGCAGGCGACGCCUCGUGGGCAGCAGAGCACAACCGGCAGCAGCAGGGCCCAAAGAAGCGGCGGCUGGUGUUUGUGGGCUGGCAGGCGUUUGCUCAGACGGAGCGGGGGGCGGUGGACGUGGGGAUUCACAUCGAGGACACCGAUACAAUCAGGUCGCUCCUCGCCAAGAAGCGCCGCCUGCAGCAUUUCGCCCGAGACAGAGUCUCCGACGUCCGAACCUUGAAAGUAAGGCUCUCCGAGGCUCGGGUGCAGGUUCGGUCGCUGAAGGAGCAGGUUCGGGAUCUCCAAGUGCAGCUGAAGGCUGCUAAGGACAGAGCAGGGAAGGAGCACGGGUGGGGGAGGGGACGAGGGGAGCGGGCAGCAGAGGAUGGGCAGAAAGAAUUGCAGCGGCGGCUUAAGAAGCUGAGAGCCAGGACUGGUAACCGUCCAGUCAGCGCUGCUGACGUCGCAAUGCUCGAUCUGAUGUCAGAUGAUGACGAUGAUGACGAGGACGACGAUGCCACGGCAGGAGGAGAGGGGGCGGCAGCGGGGGGGCCGGGAGAGGAGGAAGUGGAUGCGGCGAUCGGGGUGGAGCUGUGGAUACCGGAGUUGGACGAGGCGGAUGAGGAGACGGUGAAUGAGCUCCUGGAGAACAUAGAAGUCAUGCCUGAUGCGCCCCCUGUGCCAGCGGGCGCAGCCGCACUACCCACUGAUGCUGCAGCUCCAAUCCCUGCUGCACUUUUUCCUGCUGACACGACUCCCAUGGCGACUCCCACACGCACGCCCACAGCUGCUGCUGCUGCUCCUGCCUCAGCAGGCCGGGCCAUCUCGCCUCUCCUGCUGCAGCUGCUGCAGCGCUCCUCGCGCCCCAUGUCCACCAGAACCACAAAGCCCUCGCGCUCCUCUGCUGCCGCUGCCCAGCCUCGCAACCCCAUCCUCCCCACCGUUCCCCGUCACUCUUCCAACGCAGCCUUGCUUGCAGCGGCGUCCGGUCAAAUCCCCACUCCUGCCUCCUCCCCCGCGGCUCCCCAGUCAGGCAGCCCCAUUUCCCCUGAGUUUGGUGCUGCUGGGGAGUCCCCUGAGGGCUCCGGGCGCCCCUCUUUAGGCGUGUGGGAGCGCAUCCAGCUGCGGAGGAAGAGGGCGCGGGAGGGCCUGACAGGGGAGCUGGAGGAUCGUGGGCCGCAGAUGGAGAGAGGGGGGAUGCAGCAGCAGGGAGCAGGGGGGCGCGGGGGCAUGCUCACACGCCCUGUGCUGGCGUCAGCAGGACCAGCAGUAUCCACAUUCAGAAAGAGGCGGCGCGUGGGGCAGGAGGACCCGGUGUUUGGGUACGUGGGGCUGCGGCCUCGCGGGCGCGAGCGGGACAUUCUGUUCUGGUUUCGGUCGGCAGAGCGGCGCAAGCUGAGCCGGUUCAACUCACGGCUGGAGAAACGGAUGCAGAAGGCCACGCUGCAGAGGCGCGCGUGGCGCAGAGGAGGGGAGGAGGAGGGGGGUGGUGGGGAGGAAGGGGAAGAUGGUGAGGAGGAGCAAGGGGCGGAUGAGGGUGGGGAUGAGGAGGAAGAGGGGGGGGGAGAGGGGGAGGAUGCUGGUGGGGAAAUUGGAGAGGAUGCCGGGGCGGGUGGUGGAGGGGCUCUAACGAUUUUAUCGAGUGAGGAGGAAGAGGAUGGAGGCGGUGGUGGAGAGACGGAUUAGCUCAUGCCGUCAGCAGUGGCUGUGGGUUUAGGUUGCAUGACUGGCAAGGGUUCUUCAAAAGGUAGGACAGCUAAAUGCCUCCUGCAAAAAACAUUCAAGACUAAUUUGACUGAAGAAAGAAUUGGCAACAUGAUAUCAGUGGACAUACCUUCAUCGAUUCUUCCCGAGUGGUAGAAUCUGCUGCACGAAGUUGUAAUUACUUUACUGCAGAUGGUUCGAUGUGCACAUGAAAUACGCCCAGUAUUAACCCUUAGAGCGUGUUCAAAGUAACCCGACGCGGGUGAAAAUCCGACGUCG